UUGAAUGGCUGUUCUACUGCACCACACAGCACGAACACGCAAGAGGACAUCUCCUCCGUCUGCAAUCGUCAACAACAACGAACACAUUUUGAUGUCUUCCUUACGUUUAUAUAUCGACAGCAGGAUAAUUAGGUAUCGUGUAACUGCCUGUGAGUACUCUUCGGAAUAAUUUGUAUGUUUUGAGAAGCCGAAUUUUUACGGUCGACUACUUGUGUGACUUUUCCUUUCAAAGACAACAAUUACUUUUCACCAAGUCUGUGAUAUGCAGCAGCCUACUGAGUGAGGGCACUGGUUAUAAUAAUAUGACAACAACAACAAUGUCAGCGCGCAGUCGUCCAUCCAUAGCCCAUAUCAGAAAUGAAAGCAAUUUCAGUUUCAUCUCUGCACUGAUUUGUUUGUAGAUUCAACGAACUGUGCAUCAAAACCAAAAGUGGAUAUUUGAGUUGAGACGCCUUGCCUUCAAAAGGAAACCAUCAAGUCAUUGGAUAUUUGCAAAUGUUUCAAGAAGCGAACAGAAUACCGGUUGUAGAGUUUGGCAGAUUCUUUUGGAGGAGAUUGACAGUAAAUUACUAGGUUUUCUUCUUUGCUGCUGUUUCUUCACCAUCCUGAAACAUUUUGAAGAAGAAAUGGAGAGAAUUGAGUGAUCGUAAGAAUAUUCCUUCCAAGCUAAUUGAAGAGCGAGUACAUUGUAGAAAACAUUUAUACAACGUUUUGUUGAUGAAAAUGACGGAUAUUAUAGAAGACCUCUUGCUGUCGAAGGUUCAGCUUUGGGGAACACUGUGGAAGAAACCUUUUGGAACAACGAGUAAUUCUGGAAAAUGGCAAAAAAGGUUCUUUGUUAUCAAAGAGGGCUACCUUCUUUACUAUGCUGAGAAUGAAAAGAAAGACUUUGAUCGUAAACGAUACUUCAACAUGCAUCCCAAGGGUGUUAUUCCAUUGGGCGGAGCUCUGGUGUCGCCCUCUACUGACCCAGUCAAGAUGUGGGCAAUAAAGAUAGAUCAUGACGAGCUACAGGGGCCCAUCUUUAUCUCCACAGAUUCAGAAAAUGAGCGGGAAAAAUGGAUGGAGGUAAUGAAGAAGUCAAGCAGAGUAACGUGGAGAAAUGCAGAACUGGGUGAAACAAUGAUCCAGACAUUGGAGCAGCAGAGCCUGGAACUCGCCCGGGACAGUCAGAAGUACAGAGAACAAUGGCAUCUAGAAGCUUUGGCACUACGAGAUGAGAUGGACAAGAAUGAGGACUUGGAGAGAUUGACAGCUGAGUUGGAGGAGGAGAAGCAGAAGAUUGAGGAGACAGCAAGAGAACUUCUUGAAGAACAUGAAAGAACCAAAAAGGAGCUGGAGGAGACCAUGUACGCAAUGCAACAGGUCGCUAAAGACCAAGAGCAACUCAGCAGAGCUUCCUUUGAUUUCAAGUCAGACCUGGAGGUCCUGGCCCAGGAGCGGGAGAGGACAGUUGCAGAGUUGCAGAAGAGAGAAACCACCAUGGAGAAACUAGAGAAUGAGAACCAGUCAUUGUCAACGGAGACGGUCACCUUGAAGGACAACCUGAAGAUGAUCAACGAUAAGACGUCUGAAUUGCAACGAGAACUCCACCAGAUCAAUGAAAGAUUGUUAGACAAAGAGAAGGAGGCAGCUGUAUUGGCUGAAGAGAAGAAAUCCUUCAGUAUACAGGCACAGGAGUUAGAAUCGUCGUUACAUGAUCUCACUGUCCAGAAAGAAAUGACCGAGUCAGAGUUACGAGAGGAAAUCAUUGCCCGCCAUGAUGCAGAAAGGAGGCUGAAAAACGCUGAAGACUCUCUGGCAAGGUUGGACAAUGCGCUGAAGGAGAGUAGACCUGAACCCGUCACAAAACUAGAGAAAGCUCUCGAUGUGGAGAUCUUUGCAAAUGUGGCACAUCUUAAGAAAUUCUUUGAGGACAUUGCAAUGGAGGCUAAAAUAGAUGCAGAUAAGCCUCUGAUUAUGAAGAAUGCUCUCCAUGCACGUAAAUCCUUCGUCAGAAAAACGAAAAGCUUCAAAUUCCGCAAGGAUCGAGACAGAGGCGUCAAUCGUCACAGUACAAGCGUUGCAGGUUUACAACGGGCUCGUCAAAACGUUGCAGCAAAGAAGGGCUUUGCGUCUUUCCGUACAGUCCCUCAUGUUCCUGAACGCCAACAGGUACGGAACUCCGUAGCCUUGGGAAGUCUUCCUUAUCUCACCAUUGAAGAUGAGGAUGAGAUGGAUCACCCUGAUCUACCGUCGUUCCAUCAGCUCAGCGCGAUGGGCCUCUCUAAUAGAGGUGCACCCCCUGCGCCAUUAAAUAUCCCGGACUUCACCGGUAUGAUACCCACCCCAGCUAUUAACUCAGCGAGCUCGGUUAACACGCUGACGGAGAGCAGCACGGGGGACGACAGCUCCUCGAUCGACAGCCAGGGAGGAUCAAAGAGUACGGACGAUUCAGGAGACUUCACCGAGGAUUUACAAAUUGCCUUUGAGGAAAAAGUUUGAUCAUGGUUUCUAGUAUUUGUUUAAAAGAAGUGUUACAGACUUUUUCACAAGCUCCAGUCAUUUUUGUCUAAUUCUGCAUUUAUUUAAGCAAAUGCUUCUACAGUGUUCACUCGUGAUACAUAAAUGAGACCGAAUUGUUUGUUUAAAUAGGAAGGAAU